AUGUCUCGCUUCAAUAGACCACAGUUUUGGAACAGACCUGAACAGAAGAAACAGGAGAAGGAAAAGAUAGAAGAGGAGAAUGAGGAAAAGGAGGACACAGAAAAGAAGGAAAAGAAAGAGGAAAAGGAAGGAGACAAUAAGGGAAAGAAGAGCGGAAAAGAAACAGAGCAGGAAAAAGGCAAACAUGAGGAGGAAAAAGAAGAAGGACAGAAGGUUUCUGAACCAGCAGGAGAGAAGGAAAAGAAAAAGAUUGAGAAGGAAGAGAAGAAGAAGGAAAAAGAGGAGAGGAAGGAAAUGAAGAAGAAGGAAAAGAAGAAGAGUGAAAAGAAAGAGGAGAAGGAAAAGAAAGAGGAGGAAAGUGGAAAGAAGGAAAAGAAGAAGAGGAAAGAAACAAAGAAGGAAAAGGACAAAAAAGAAGAGGAAGAUGGACAGAAGGUUUCUGAAUCAGUAGGGGCGGAAAAGAAGGAAGAGGAUAACAUCAAAAAGCAGAAAUGUGACGAUGUCAAACAUGACAGUGAUGAGAAUAUGCCAACUUUCAACAAUGGCAGAGAGUUCAUUAAAAACCUUAGGGAAAUCUUAAGAGAAGAACUCCCUUUCACUCGAAGUAGAAGAUAUGAAUUUCGUGCACCGUUUAGGCACUCACAGAGAAUUGGAUCAAUUCGGGAAGACGCAGAGUGGAGGGUAGCUCGGAAUGACCGGAGAUGGGGAAUCUUCGACCUGUACACAAACCCCAACGCUCGACGCGAUUACAUUGCAUCUCUUAUGUCUGGUUUUUGUGGAACACACUUAUUGAACAGACCUGAACAGAGUACUAGAACGAGUCUCAUUAGAAGUGCUGAUCGCUCUGAUGUGGGGGUCAAGAAAGGACAGGAGAAUGAAAAGAAAGAGAAUGAAGGAGAAAAUAGGGAUAAGAAGGAGGAAAUAGAAAAAGAAAAGAAGAAAGAAACUGAGCAGGAAAUGAACAAAAAUGAGGAGGGAAAGAAAGAAGAAACUGGGGAGGAAAUGAACAAAAAUGAGGAGGAAAAGAAAGAAGAAACUGGGGAGGAAAUGAACAAAAAUGAGCAGGAAAAGAAAGAAGAAACAGAGCAGGAAAUGAACAAAAAUGAGCAGGAAAAGAAGAAAGAUGAAAAGAAUGUUUCUAAACUAGAAGGGGUAAAAGAACAAGGAGAAGGUAAAGAAAGAGGAGGACAAGGAAGAAACAGAGAAGGAGGAAAAGAAGAAAAAGACAGUGGAGAAGGAAAGAGAACAUAA